AUGCAAGAAAUCAAAGAAGGACAGCAUUUCUUACCUCACCAUCCUGUCUUCAAGGAGAAUUCGACGACCAAAGUUCGACCCGUUUUUGAUGGUUCAGCUAAAGAAAAGAAUACACCUUCUAUUAAUGACUGCCUCGAAAAGGGACCAAAUCUUGUAGAACUCAUUCCAUCUCUCAUAAAUCGCUUUCGUGUUGAAAAAUAUGGAGUGAUAUCUGACAUCAAGAAGGCCUUUCUGCAAAUUGGAUUACAAGAACGAGAUAGACCAUAUCUCAGAUUUUUAUGGAAGGAUAGAAGAAAAGACGGAAAUAUCAAGAUCCUGCAGCACAAAAGAGUUGUGUUCGGAAUCUCCUCCAGUCCUUUCCUUCUAGGAGCUACAUUAGAACUUCAUUUAAAAAACGCCCCAGAUCAUCUCAAGGAAACAGUCCAGCAACUUAUGAGGUCCUUCUACGUUGAUAAUUGUGUUUUCAGCGCCAACAGAAAAGAAGAACUCGCUAGAUUUAUUUCGGAAUCACAAGCACUAUUAUCUACUGCCAAGUUUGAACUUCGAGGGUGGGAGCAUUCUCCUACUGAAGACAAAACUGAAGAAAGGCAAGAAGACCGAAGGACACUAUAUCUCUAG